AUAUGGUUUUAAUAAAUACAUCAUUUAUUUUCAUUUUAAUAACAAUAAAGAAAAUAAACAGCUUGUUGCUUAUUCUUGAAUUUAUGAUGUCAAAAUUAUUAUACUUAACAUUAACAAAUCAUGUCGGUGUUUUCCUCAAGUAAUUACUAAGUAUAAGUUGUGCUAGCUAGGACUAAGCAAUUAGCAUUUGGAUUAAGAUUGUAGGACAAAAUGACAACACAUAAAGAUGGAGUUAAGCGAGAUAUCACAGACAUGGCUAUGGGUGGAUUGGCAGCGAUGUUUGCAACUAUAUUUACAAACCCAAUAGAAGUUGUCAAGACUCGGCUUCAAUUGCAAGGGGAGCUUGUAUCCAAGGGCAAGCAUGCUAUACAUUAUAAGAAUGUACCACAUGGAUUAUAUGUCAUAGCAAGAACAGAAGGACUCAUAGCUUUACAAAGUGGACUACCAGCCAUGUUGGGAUUUCAAUUCUUUCUGAAUACAUUUAGAUUAGGAGUCUACCGUAUAUGUGAUAGGAGAGGUCUAAUUACAAAUUCAGAUGGUCACACGUCAUUUGUUUGUGGGGCACUAGCAGCAGGCAUUGGAGGAGGCAUGGGGUCUAUUGCUGGAACUCCUUUCUUUCUAGUAAAAACCAGAUUACAGGCACAAGCUUCUAAGACCAUUGCUGUUGGACAUCAACAUCAGCAUAGUGGCACUUGGAAUGCAUUGACACAUAUAUUCCACCGAGAAGGGGUAAAAGGUCUAUUUCGCGGUGUGGGCCCCCAAAUUCCCCGUGGUGCAGUUGGUAGUAGCUCACAAAUGGUCAGUUUUGCAUAUGCAAAAGAAUGGUUAAAGGAUCAUAACUUAUGCAAGUCGCCACUACUUCUAUCAUUUAUGGGUGCCAAUCUAGGUGGCAUUGUGAUGACUCUUUGUUUAAACCCUUUUGAUGUCAUGGCCACUAGACUUUCAAAUCAACCGGUGGAUGCCCAAAACCGUGGUACACUAUAUAAAGGUAUGGGAGAUUGCUUCAUUAAAAUACUUAAAUCUGAAGGGGCUGGAGCAUUCUACAAGGGCAUUGAAGCAAAUUAUAUGAGACUUGGCCCACACACAGUGCUUUUAUUGGUUUGUUGGGACCAACUUAAAAUAUUAGAAGAAUACAUAAGAUGAUAAUAGAUGAAGAUGUUUAUUUUGUUAACUAAUUUUAAGAUUGACCAUGCUUUCUAAGUUAUAUAUACUUCUUUUAAUAAUUUGAUUAAAUUUAUUUUUAUUAUAUUUCAAAGGCAAGAAAGAGACCAUUAAAAUGGCAUGUUGUAUUUUUUUAUUCUUUAUAUUUAAUUUUUAUCUACCCUACUUGAGUAGUUGUUACGAUUUAAUAUAAACUUUUGUUAGAUUUGGGUUUUUAAAAUAUGUCAUUUAUUUGAUUACCUAUUUAAGUACAUACUUUUUAU